AUGAUGGUCAAGAGUAGUGUAGCUGACGCACGGAUGGAACUCAAAGAUGGAAAGGUGAAGUUUAAAGACAAGGGCGUAUAUCCAUUGUACCCAAGCGAUGAGGUUUGCGAGGAGAACGGUUCGCCAUUGGGCGUUUACUGCGAAUACAGAUAUGGAGUUGUUGUCGCUGUUUUCCAUGGAGACCGUUUUCCAACGGCGACUAUCAUACCCGAGUUCACGUAUAGUUGCGUGGGAGCAUGGACCGAUGGGGACGAGACUGUUCCCAAGCCGCCAGCAUUUUGCGCAGAGCAUAUCGGCAUCAUGAACCGAUCGCAGGUCGAUGAACGUAGAGCCUACGAGACCACAGUUACUAAUACGCGAAAUCGCGAAGGACCCGACAGUGCUAAGUACUCGCGCGGCACCACUGCUGCCCAGCCGAACCCUCAUCCAUACGCGCCAUGGGAUUGUAUCGCAACGAUUGAUCGGAAUUCUACGCACAAACCAAAACGCAAUAGUCUGUUGAAGCUAUCCGGCUCCAUUACGGUUUACGAAGACGACCGUAUAACAAGGGUGGGAAAGCUAGAGAAUGCAAGUAAAGAUUUCGUGCGAGACAUCUGGUUGAAGUUCAUAGCCAUCUCUACUCUCGGCAUGGAUGAGCGCCAGAACUUCGACUUCGGCAAAUACAGCUGGCUGAGAGGUCUUGAUCCAAACUUCCAAGGUCCCUUGCAGCUCUGGUCUCCCGAGUCUGAUACUACAGGCGCUUUCACCCAUGACAAAGACAAAGUCAAAGUCUCUCCAGAAGAUGGUAUCCCGCCAACACUCACAGGAUUGGUAGGAAGCACCCUGGUGGAUCCUGAAAGUAGCUCUGCCAAUGAAGCCAGAGGGAGUACUCCUAUGACUUUGGAGAACAGCCCUACGACUGGAUUGGGAGGAAGCAGAACCGAUGAGGACUUGCGCGCAUCUGAAACAAGGAAGCGAACAGCCGAAUCCAUGCUCGCGGCGUCACCUCAGGAGCUUGAAGGACAAAAUUCUGCGGAAAAUGAUAUCUCGAACCUUGAAGACAACGCUUCUGGUUCUCAGCCCGCGAACGCUGAGGACUCUCAUGAGCCAGCGCACAAGCGACAGAGGACUGACACGGCUGUUGAUGACAAAAGUGAAGAUUUGGGCGAGAUGGACUCUGUUGAGCAUGGCGAUCCUGGGAAGGGCGAGUAA